AUGAAUCCGCAUGUAUAUACAGAGAAGGCCGUCAGAUUAUCAGUGUAUACGUGCUUCAAUGGAAAUCUCUAUGAACCUAAAAACAAAAGCGUUGGGGAGAAUGUUUUAGCGCCUAAAAGUGCUAUUCGGCCGCGAGAUUUGCGUUCAUCGAACAAGAAAGGCUUGGUAUCAUUCUCUCGAACAUCUGCGGCCCGUCCUUCCCUCGGUGCCACCAGCUAUGCUUGGCUAGAAGCAGCGGAACGAAUAGAGGCAGAGUCUGUUGUGAAGGAGCAAUCACCGACAACGUGGCCAAGACAAAAAAAAACCACCUUGAUUUCGGCCAAUGAUUUGAUUAGGGAAUAUGACAAAUGUUUGAUCCAAAGAGCUAGAAUGGUUUCGUGCGAAGGUCCUUUGAACUUUGGGCAAACAAACUGUAUUUUUCAAGCUAUUUUUGACAAAGUCAUAAAAAAGUACUGGGGGCUACGUAUAGCGAAAGUUGACCCAGCCCUACAAAACCAAAUCUCUUUGUGGUCUGAUGAAGCUAUUGUGAGGGUUAAUAGGGAGGAGUUAUUUGGUGAAUCUAGAGACAGGAUUUUGUCAAUCCUUAUAAAUGAAUUUACAAAGCCUCAAGUUACUAGGAUUGCUUUGUUAAAACUGGAGGACCUUCCAGUUUCCAUACCUGGCCCCUAUCCGCUAUCCUCUAAUAUGGAAUCACCCACCACACAAAGGCAUUCAAGUCGCUCGGCCAUGUCCCCAGUCUCGUAUAUCAAGAAUCUGAAUGCGUUCAAUACCCGUUCAAUCGGACAAAGAAUUACGGUUGACCUUCACAAGCUCGCGGAAGGAGGAUUUGGGAUCUCUUUUGCUACUAGAGAUACUUUAAUUAACACGGAAGAAAUGCAGCCUGUUUUCGUAGAAAGGAUAAUGCCAACAGGUGCUGCGAUUCACGAUGGACGUCUUCAGUUUGGCGACAGGCUCCUCUCAAUCAAUGGGAUUCAAGUAACCAAUUUUAAGGAUGCUAUGGCGACACUCAGAUCAGUUUCUAUCGGAGACAAGGCGACUCUAGUUUUCUCCCGUCAGGAUUCUGUAGUCGUUGCGACUCCACCGACCUCUUCACCCAGUCUCAUUGAUCUUACUACGGAUCGAUCUUCCACAUACACUUCCAAUACCACACCCGAUCUUGUUUCCGAACCCCCCCUGUGCCAAACAAUAAUUUUCGACAUCCCAGUCCCUCAUCGUGACUCUGGAACUUCGAGUUUGGGAAUUCGAUUUGAAGAGUGGGCAGAGCCUAGAAUAAUUCACGCCUACUCCGAAUUCAAAGGACCCGAAGUUAUUGUCGACCACAUGGUUGGAGAUACAGACAACCUGGAAGAUAAUCUUUCCGGUCUCUUUGUUAAACAAAUAUUGACUGGUAGUCCUGCUAGCAAAGAAUUAACCUCGGGAAGCAUUAGACCAGGUGAUCGGCUAAUUGCCGUCGAUGGUCAUAGUGUCACUAAUCUUUCGCUUACAGAAAUUUCUACAAAACUUAAAUUGGCCAUUGAGAAAGCUCAAUGUAAAAUGGUGGGGAAGAGUAAACAAGCCUUUCUUGAGCUAACCAUGAAUCGCUUCUUCCAUUGCAGCGAUAAGCAAAAUUCUUGGCCCAAGACUAAAUCUAUGUUGAGGCCGGGAUCAGACGCGAUUUUUGACAAAUUGACAGUGCAAAAUAACUCCAAUGGAGAAAUUCUGAUAAAAAAGGUAAAUAUGGUAGCUGCAAAGGAUAGAAAAGAUUCGACCGAAGUUCCAUCGCGGCGACUGGCACGCACCCCCUCAGUGGACUCGCGUUGCCGCUCGAGGCGAGAGCGAGAAAGCCGCUCACCAUCAGACUCUCCCGUGCGCUGUCAGUCGGCCUUCAGUCGCGACGGCGUAGGACGGCGUAGCGUCUCUGAGAAACGCCACGCUCACAUAAGUGCUACCAACUUCUCGCAUUAUAAUGACAACGCUCUGCCCUUCUGCAACAAGGGUGGCGAGCAGGCAUCUCGCCUUUACUCGACAAUGCCAUCUUCGCGAAAAAUUCGGCAAAUUCGCCGCUCCAAGCAAGAUCGUCCUUCGGGUCCAAUUAAGCCAGUCCAUGCAGAGGAGUUAGAGAAAGCUCAAGAAGCAACAGGAGCUGCUGCAUCCCAAAGUUUUUUGAUUCCUCCCACGCAAAAGCAUCGAAUGGAUGACAGUGAUGUCCUUCGGACGGACGCAGUUGAUGACCCUCGUGCUCGGUCUCAUAACCACAGCUUCCGAGCCGCAGUAAAUCCCGAAUCUGUUCAUCGAUCACCGCCGCCAACACCACCUAAGCCCACCAUAGACUAUUGCCUUCAGAAUGACAUCCACCGGACAGUCACGCCCCCCCUUCCCGCAAGACGUUCCAGAGUGGUUCCACCCACUACAAAUUUCAGAAGGAGGGACAGUGCUCCCAAACCUACCAUUCCAUCCCCAUCGCCUUCACUCAGUUCGCCAACAUCAUCAACAGCUACCGCACAGCACAAAAUGUUUGAAGAAAUUCUGCAAGUGCAUCGCAGCGACAAGAAGGAUGCUCAUUGCUUUUCCUCUUCUCGGAAAGUAUCCCCUGGAUCGUGUGAUCGUGAAGAAGAGUCUGUCACAUUCUCUAUCGCUAGCCUUCCACGUAGCUCCGCCAAGCAUGUUGUCCUUACCGAUGUUAGACCUCUGGCCUCUGAGCUUCGAAAAACCCCCUCUCCUGUUGAAUUUAACGCCUACGCAGUUGAACAAAAGGAAAUUUCUCAUUUUUCCCGGCCCUCAAGGACAAAAUCAUUCCCUAGUUUCCUUGAAGAAGUAGAAACCAGCCUUCCCAAACGACGCAUCAGUCGAGUGAAUGAACCUUUGCAGGUGGAGGGACCGAGCUUCAGCGCUUCCGAUCCCGCUGCCACAUGUACUCGAAAGGAUCUUCUGAAACUUUCGUCUCCAGCCCUUUUGCACGAUGGUUGCAUCACUGUUCCGAGUAUGAUGAUGCAUAAAAAUGAUGUUUCCAACGGACCCCUGCCUCCACAAGCUUUCUCAGUUUCUCACUGCGGCUCAAGGAAUAAUGAUAACAGCGCUUGGCUGACAAUACCCAGGUCAACCAUGCAAGCACAUAUCGCAGCUGUGAAAUCCGACUCGCCCCACGCCAUCGUGCGCUCGCGCUCACCGUCUAGUAUCCACGUGAAUGAGGCAAGGGGCGACUACGGCAGACCCUCGACCAGCACUUCUUCCGAUCGCUCUCGACGCCUCUCACACUCCCUCAAUCGACCCGACAAAAGUUCAACCAAUCCCCAGCAUCAACCCAGUCCCAAGAACCAGAUCACCUAUCCACAGCCCUUCAAACAUGAGCCCUAUCAAGCUUGUGCUCCAUUUUAUUCUCCAACCACAACGGAAUCCUAUCUCAUCGAAGUUGCUCGAGAUAAUCGGAUGUACCUCCUCAACAAUCAACCCGAACUCCCCUUUCAUCCACUUCCUUUCUUAAAACUGAGCCAUCCCAGAUUACACACCUCACCACUGCUUACAAUAACCACGUUCGAUCAGGCGAUGUUGAAUUCAGCCAAACACUUUGACAUCGGCCAACACCAGCGAAUUACAGCAUCACUCCAUUCCUCCAACAUCUUUUUACCAUGCCUUUGCAUUUGGACGACUCUAAUUUCCUCUUACUCCUCACUCGAGGGGAUUACCAGCAUUGCUUACGUCUCCCCAUUCAAGCUGAUGAGACUCACCUCGCUUUUGUAUGUCCCAUUACCAAACAUAUCUGCUCAGUGA